AGUGAUUGAGCACCUGGUGGGAAGGCAGGGUCAACCCAGGGGAGCUGAGGUGCAUGCAGAAAGGCCAGAAGGGAUGGAGCCAGGAUCCACACCUUCCCCGACCUCAUUUAAGGAUUGGCAGUGGAGGUGUGGGUAUCUUGGUGGAGAUACCUGCCUCCCUGAGGUCUUCUAAAGUUGUUCAGUCUGCUGGAUAAUGAAAGAAUUUUUCUGACGGGGUUUGGUAGUGUUUUGUCCUCUAGAUGAAUUACUGCAAGAUAUAGACGACAGUCUUGUGUGUCCAAAAUGCAUUGGAAUAAUUCAGCCAACUCCUCAGAAAGUGAUGCUGAAGCUCAUUCUGCCUUUACACAGACUGAGCACAACAUAGUAGCAGCUUACUUAAUAACAGCAGGAGUGAUAAGCAUUUUCAGUAACAUUGUUGUGUUAGGCAUCUUUGUGAAGUACAAAGAACUUCGGACAGCAACCAAUGCAAUUAUUAUCAACCUUGCUUUCACUGACAUUGGUGUUAGUGGCAUUGGCUACCCCAUGUCUGCUGCUUCAGACCUGCAUGGAAGCUGGAAGUUUGGAUAUACUGGUUGCCAGAUCUAUGCUGCCUUAAAUAUAUUUUUUGGGAUGGCGAGUAUUGGUUUGCUCACUGUUGUUGCAGUUGACCGUUACCUGACGAUCUGCAGGCCUGACAUAGGAAGAAGAAUGACUGCACGUAACUAUGCUGCUCUAAUCCUGGCUGCAUGGAUCAAUGCAGUCUUUUGGGCGUCCAUGCCUACCGUAGGCUGGGCUGGCUAUGCUCCAGAUCCAACUGGAGCAACUUGCACAGUCAAUUGGAGGAAAAAUGAUAUGUCCUUUGUUUCCUACACAAUGAGUGUAAUUGCUGUUAAUUUUGUUGUACCCUUAACAGUCAUGUUUUACUGUUAUUACAAUGUUUCCCGGACAAUGAAACAAUACACCAGCAGUAACUGCCUGGAGAGCAUCAGCAUGGAUUGGUCUGACCAAGUAGAUGUAACAAAGAUGUCUGUUGUGAUGAUUGUAAUGUUUCUGGUGGCAUGGUCUCCUUAUUCCAUUGUGUGUUUAUGGUCUUCCUUUGGAGAUCCGAAGAAAAUUUCUCCUGCAAUGGCCAUCAUAGCUCCUUUAUUUGCAAAAUCCUCCACAUUCUAUAAUCCCUGCAUUUAUGUAAUUGCAAACAAAAAGUUUCGGAGAGCAAUCCUGGCAAUGGUGCGAUGUCAGACGAGACAAGAAAUAACUAUAAACAGUGCCUUGCCCAUGAGUGUUUCUCAAAGUGCACUGACAUCCUAGAACUGGUUUACUUUUCUGCAUAGAUUUUGUGGAAACAAAUCUGGUUACAGUUAGUUUAUUUUUUGGAAUAACAAUCUGCCUCUUCCAGUCAAUUGUUUCCUGUUAAUCGCUGAAGUAUCUUUUAGGUUAAAGAGAAAAAAAAAUAACAAAAACAAGCACUGCAAUUUCAGUUUUCAAGAAUGAGGCUUAUUGGAUUGAUAUUUCUGGCACAAGCAAAAAAGGCCAUUGAAGUGUUCCAUGUGACCUGUGGGGUUGGACAAGGUGACAUCAGGGCAGGAAGAGACUGAAGUAGGAAGUGCUUAGGUUCAGUAACAGAUAUAGCACCUUUGAUUCCUCUUGCAAAUGACUUUCUCUCAAUUUCAAUUAAAAGUUUCUGGACCUGGAUUUUCCCUGUAUGUGUGUAUUCAAUAUCAUGUGUCUGUACUGACAUUUGUUUUGCUUCCAUGAAUAUGGUAAGGUUAUCAGAAUAUCUAGCUAAACCCCAUAUAUCUUAUUAUCAGCUUUUAGGAUUUUGAAAGGCUUUCAUGAUAUUUCAUGCAUUUUUGAAGUUUUGGCUCACAGAAUCAAAUCAGUCUGUGGGAUGGACAGCUUUUGUUUUAGUAAUGGCACAUUUCUAGUGCUUGCCCCUGCACAGCAAAUCCUGAUGGUGGGACAAAAUGCUCCCUGAAGGUUGACUCUCAGGUGGCUCAUAAAACAGUGAAGAUUUCUCAUUAUUUCUAAGUCAAUCUCAUGGACAUCCAUUGUGUAAUUUUUGAAGAACUUUGACAAUGUCAGCAAUAGAUUUAUUUGUGUUGGAGGGGGUGGCUGCAGAUAGAGCUAUUGAUGGAUGGUAGUACACAUUCUUGAUGAUUCUCAGAUUUUGAAAAUAAGUAUCUUUUUUUUUGAUUUCCAAUCCGAAGUCUUAGUGAUCCUUCAGACAUGUCUCAGCCACUGUGACUUUGUAGCUACAGUUACUCUGUCACUUGGGUUCUUUUUUCUCCUAGGAUCUCUAGUGUUGGUCUGACAGAGUACCACUUUAAGUGAUGCAGUCAUCUGGGAAAGCUAAAUGUUAAUUUUAUUAAUUUGUGUGGAAUGUGUGAUGUAAUUUUUUUUAAGUUCCCCCAGAAUUGUGGGAAAGAAACACUUUAGAAAGUGUAUUUUAGGUCUGACCAUGUGAAAUUUAACAGUAUUUUGAGUACAAUUUGCACGAACAGGUGGUUCAUUUCUUCCAUUUUAUUUUGAUUUUAUUGUACAUGUGUUCAUCCAAAGCGUGGCUUUGCAGUGUGGAGCUGUUGUUUAAAAUUUGUGUGUUAUUGGUAAAAACCUGUCUUUACAGGUUUUUUUGAAAGUUCUAGAGUCUGUGCUUCCUAUUAAUUUGUACUUUUCAGUAAUA